AUGGCUCGUGAAAUCCCAGGGUUCUAUUAUGACGAGGAGAAGAAGAAGUACUUCAAGAUUCAAGCCAACCAUGUCGCACCUCCAAGUGCACAAUAUACACAGCAAUCUGUGAAGCGAAAGCGGUCUGAGCUGAAGACACGUGAAAACAAGUCACGAUUCAGACAACGUGAGAGUAAAGAGACGAUCAGAAAGGCCGCAUCGUUGAGGCGGCCUUUGGUUAAUGUCCACAGAGAGAUAGGAACCCUUGUAUCCUCCAGUGCCAGACAAGAGCAGCAGGCUCGCAUUCAGGCCAGCCAACUGCACCGUGGAGAACUUCAUCGUUUUGAGCCAUGGCCCAAUUCGUACAGUAUCCGACAUGUCUUGCGCAACCCACGUUCUGGGACAUUGAUUGCCGGCUCGGCUCGCGGAUAUGAAUCAUCUGUAUCGGUCUGCUUUCCUGACAUUGACGGGUCACAGUGGAGAUAUGAUUACACCAUGGAACGGGUUCUAUUCAGAGAGCCAUACUGGUUAGGCUCGAUGUCUUUGAGCUCGUCAGGAUACCUCCUUGCAACAAUGAACGAAGGACCGCAAGGUGACUGCUUCCUUUCGGCUCAUCUCCUCCCGGAGCCUGACGAAGGCGGCAACUAUGUCUGGCCAACCUUCUCUCAUCCAAUUCGGAUCAGGCCCCACUACCCAAUGUCCUUUUGGUGCUCCGCGGCCCAGCCUACAGCAUCAAGCGCUCACUUUGCCAUAGGAACUUCCGAAGGGCUGCACACCCUAGAGGGUACCACUAGCCACUGGAGUCUAUCAAAGAAGCCAUUCAAAGGCAAUACGGUCUCCACGAGCAACAGAAGACGCUCGGAGCACAACCAGAACAAAACUAGCGUGCAUGCCGUGGAAUGGAUGUCGCCAGACGUGAUAGCGGCGGGACAGAAAAACUCCAACAUUUUCCUCCACGACCUGCGUAGUGGUGGUAGUGCCACUCGUCUCCAACACAACGAUGCCGUAAUGGAAAUGAAGAAGAUGGAUGAGAAUCGGCUCGUAGCGGCAGGACCCAGUUCGCUUCGAAUGUACGACCUCCGCUUCGCGCCAGAGGCGCCAAAACGUCAUGGCUCCUCGAAGGCCUACCUCAAUUUUCACGAAUUCUCCUCAAUCCCGCUCCCAACCUUCGACCUGAGCACUGAACUCGGUCUGUUGGCUAGUCCCUCCCAGGACUGCAAAAUCCAGCUCUUCUCGCUUCAAACCGGACUACAGGUCUCCUCGCCUCUCACGGGGCAUCAAUAUUCCUCACCACCUAGCUGUGUGCGAUUCGAGUAUGGGAAUGAUACCCCGGAGUGGCGGGGGCCGCAUGGACCGAGCUUAUUGGUCGGCACGGAUGAUGUAGUUGAACAGUGGACCUGGUAG